AUGCCGCUCAAUUCACCUUUCGGCUCACUGGAAGGCGCCCCAGCCCUUACACUUUUUGCCAUCACGCAAACAGAGAAUUUGGCAGAAGCAAUCGAGGAAUACGAAUUGCGCAAUAUUCCAGUACCGGAGCGCCUCAGUGCAGGCAUAGUUUCAUUGUCCUCCCAACUCCAGAAUUUUCAACCGGAUGACGACAUUCCACUUUUCCGCUCUCCUGAGAUGGACGAACAAGAUAUAGUCUACAAUAACCUCGAAGUUGCCUGGUACCUCGCAGCGAGCCUUUAUUUCCGCAAUCGAAUCGACAAAACCUUCAUCGACGACGUUUCCUUUGCUGUCAAUGGGAUCUUGAUGUGCUUGCUCCGCGUCGAAGAAAUCAAGGCACAAAUAGAACCUGAUUUGAUGUACCGAGAUGACCCGGUUACCUUUCCGGCUUUUGUGGGAUCCUUGAAUGCCAUUGACCGCGAGCCUUGGGUGUGCUGGUGGGAAGCAAUACAGGAAUAUGGCUCUCCGAAAGUUAAGGCACAGUGGAAGAUUACUAAACUGAUUUGGAGGAUUAUGGAUCAGAUGCAGGAGAUGUUGGAAAUUGGUUUGAGCUGGGUGGACAUCAUGCUAAUGUGCGAGGUACGCUCUUUGUCAGAUGUGUUUGAAGCGCUUGGGUUUUAG